GGCUCAGCAGCGCCGCGCGCGACUCCCGCGAUAGCCAGAGGCCGAGCACCUGGGCCGCGUGCUGGGCCACGCAUGGCGGAUCCUCGGCGCGCCUCGUUCAGCCCCAAGGUGGAGUUUAUCUGCUUCGACGCGGAGAGCGGGACUCGCAGCACGGGCAGCUUUCAGUACGUGGAGAUGGCAGGGGCGCGUGGCACCGCGCGGCGGUCCUCCCCGUCGCGGGGGGCCCCGGCGGGCCGCGGCGGCGCUCCCGCGGCGCUGGGGGCCCGGUCCUCGAGCGCGGCAGCCCUGCCAGACCUCCAAGGGCUGCUGGAGCUGGAGGCCGAGUGCUUGCCCAGCAGCCUAUCUGCCGAGCCGGGCGGCAGCGAUGCCGAGAGCUUCGCCGACGAGAACCUGUUCGCGAAGGCCCAAGUGCGGCUCCUGCUUCAUCGUGGUGGUCAUGUGACUGCGAAAAGACAUUCGUCUACUGGGUCCAAGCGGGCGGUCUGCUCGAGACGUCUCCGCAAUCUGGGCGCGACCAGUCUCUGAUGCACGCCUCGGCGGCUUGUCUAUCGGG